GAAGAGAGAGCGGAGUCAGUUAGUCAAUCAGGCCGGCUCCGAGAGGGUCUACACUGGACACACUGCAGCCGCUGAAUUCGUGUCGGGUUCUUGAUAUUUGUAUCUUUCUGCCCUUGAGGCUGGGGCGGCGGGCUGAAGGGGCUCCGGGCGAGCUCCCCCCGCGCUGGUGGCCAUGUCGCAGCCGACCCUCCGUGAGGAAUUGGAUGAGCUCUCACAGGAUUUGGAUUAUGAUGUUCCAGACGGCAAAGAUGGAAGUAAACUGUACAAAGUCAAAUGGACUUCGGAAGAGGAUGAAAGGUUAAAGAAGCUGAUAAAGCAAUUUGGCAAAAAUGAUUGGAAGCUUAUAGCAAGUAAUUUCUCUAACCGAACAGAUACUCAGUGCCAACGUAGGUGGCUGAAGGUUCUAAAUCCAGAGCUUGUGAAAGGUCCAUGGACAAAGGAAGAAGACCAGAAGGUAAUUGAAUUAGUUCAGAAAUAUGGGCCAAAACGUUGGUCUUUGAUUGCUAGGCAUCUAAAAGGUAGGCUUGGCAAGCAGUGUCGUGAGCGCUGGCAUAAUCACCUCAAUCCUGAGGUUAAGAAAUCAUCUUGGACAGAAGAGGAAGACAAGGUUAUUUAUGAAGCACACAAAGUCCUUGGCAACCGAUGGGCAGAGAUUGCGAAGCUACUUCCAGGAAGGACCGACAAUGCUGUAAAAAACCAUUGGAACUCUACAAUGAAGAGGAAGGUGGAGAUGGAAGGCUAUUUGCAAGAUGGUAACCAGGAUAUGCCGAUGUUCUUACUUACUCAUUCGGAAGAUGGUGAACUCCAGGUUUACAGAGCCACAGUGACAGAGCCAUCUUUAAAACAAGAACCUGUCACUGUGGAAACUAUUUCACAACCGACUUCUGUUGCAUUAAAACAGGAGGACAGUUUAGCCACUUGGCCGGGCAGUCUUCUUACGGAUAACUCCUUACAAUGUGAUCAUGGACUAUCAGCUACGUCUGAAACACAGCAGGAACAGUCCACUUCAGAUCAAUCACAGGAGGUUAACCAUUCCAAAGAAGAGGAUUCUAGUAGUACAUUUGUGAUUGUGGAAUGUGAGGGAAUAUUUUCAACACAGGAGAUCCCUGAAUUCUCUGAACCUCUGGAGUUAAUCAAAUGUGAACCAGAUGCGUGGUCUGACCUAUCUUGCUUCGAUUUACCGGAAGAUAUUGUCAAACAAGAGCCAGUAGAGACCUCGCAGCAGACUUUGACUGAAUAUCGCAUUGAUGCAAAUACCAUCUCAGACCUGAGCAAAAGUGCAAAGAAGGGUGAACUCAUCCCCAUGAUCACCUCACCAGUUGCAGGAAGCUUCAGCACUCCUCCAACAAUCCUGCGGCGUAAGAGGAAAACAAAAAUUACACUAUCACCUGUUACUGAAAGCAAUUCUAAUAAUAGUUUUACAAUUAUUGAAAGCAGCACCAGCAGUAGCAUGACUCCAAAAAGUACCCCAGUGAAGACCUUGCCUUUCUCGCCAUCGCAGUUUUUGAACUUCUGGACUAAACAAGACAAUCUUGAUAUAGAGAAUCCAUCUCUUACCUCUACGCCAGUGUGUAGCCAGAAGAUAAUCGUUACCGCUCCACUUCAACGAGACUACACACCCAAAGUUCAGAAGGAGAACUCUGUAUUUCGAACACCCAGAAGUCACAGAUCUCUUUUGGACAGUACACCAAGGACACCCACACCAUUCAAAAAUGGACUGGACAAAUGUGGAGUUGCAAAGCCUCAACAUCCGGUGCCUCAGUUUGAAGAAGAUCUAAAAGAGAGUUUGAAGAGCAUUUUGCAGGAAGAUGAAACCCAUUUAGUUAAAAGAAAGGAGCAUGGGCUACACAGGCCGCUUAUGAAGAAAGUACGAAAGUCACUUGCUUUGGACAUUUUGGAAAAGGAUGGGUGCGGUGCAAGUCAGGCUACAUCAAAUACUAUCAACAUGAACACACAGAAGCAAACAGAAGACUCCUUAUCAAGAUCUUUAAACAACUCUUCAAGUAAAAAGGAUGAUACUCUGGAUAGAGGUUUUAUUAUACCCAAUAAGGAGGCUAGUUUUUCUUUGAAACAAUAUAACCUAGAAACUCCAAAAUGGAUGAGUAGUACUUGGGAAGCAGUAGUCUGUGGAAGAACAAAGGAUCAGCUAAUAAUGACUGAGAAAGCCAGGAAGUAUUUAAAUGCCUUCAAAUCUACACACACCUCCAGGACUUUGAUUUUAUAAUGCUAUACGGGAUACGCUAAUGGACUAUCUAUUCUAGUCAAAAGGAUUAUCUGGUGGAAUGCUUGCAAGCAAAAUGUUUUAAGUGCAUCCAUAAAACGUGAAGUUCCAGCAUCAGUUUAUGUCCUUACUGUAAAGGAAGAGAUUAUUCCAAUGACUGAUUUUGUAAAACAACUAUUUCAUAUUAGUAUUUCACAAGUUCCAGAGCAUAAGAGUAUUAUUUGUGAUUGUACUGUAUUUUGUUUCCAACAGGAGAAUCUUGCAUUAACACAUUAACUUCAGAUUCUCCUGUUCACCAGAAAGUACCAAUACUGAACAAUCGCUGGGCAAGAUAAUUUGUACAUUGUGUUGUGACUGUGAUGUGUUCUUUAAUGGUGAUAUCAUGCACCUGUGUUUCUAAGGUGCAUUGUUUUGACUGCUUAGAAGGUUUUAUCACUAAGCAGAGACACAAAACUGCUGAACAUCUUGCCAAUAGUAAUGUGAAUUGAGAAAUUACCCCUUAGUAAAAUUUCUCAUUUUAGAACUCUUUGCCAAGAGAUGUGCAUUUCUUUUCAAUAGCUAAUUUUUUUCCCAGUACACAUGUUAAAGCAUAUUAGUUCUUUGCUCAUUAGCUGGCAGCUGAGUUCAAAGUAUUUUCCAAAAUUGACAAUUUGCAAAGUAUAGCUUUUUUUUAUCCCUGACUUGUUAAAAGUAAUGAUUUUCAAAUUACAAAGGUGUAGA